AUGAAGGUCCUUUGUUUGCACGGCAAGGGAACUAGCGGAGCAAUUUUCCGCUCCCAAAUUUCCUCCUUCCGCAGCAAGCUCCCCGAGGGCACCGAAUUCGACUUUCUCGAUGGACCAUUUAACAGCAACGCCGCCGCCGGUGUAGAUCUUUUCUACAGUCCUCCUUACUACUCCUGGUGGGAAAACGACAGCAUAGACGAUAUCCGGGGUGCGACCGAACGGUUAAACGAAUACAUCGCGCAAAAUGGCCCCUACGAUCUCGCCAUGAUGUUCUCGCAGGGCUGCGUCCUUGGCUCAAGCGCUCUCCUCAUCCACCAAGAGGAAACACCACAUCUACCACCGCCAUUCAAAGCCGCGAUAUUUAUCUGUGGAGGGCCCUCAACAAUCGUCAUGGAGGAGUUGGGAUUCCACGUUUCUGCCGAGGCGAGGGAGCGCGACAUUGCUUCACGAAAAGCGCUUUUUGCGCAGGCUGGAUCGUCGGCUGUUUUGGCUAAGGGCUCUGAUCGGUGGACGGGUCUCAAGUCGCUAAAUGAUGGGUUGUCGGAGGAUCAGCUGCGAGAGGAGAUCACAAGUCCCUACCACAUCACUAUUCCCACGGUACAUGUCUACGGGACAAAGGACCCACGCUAUGCGUCUGGCGUGCACCUUUCCGGUCUAUGUGAUGCUGCCAACCGCCGCACAUUCAACCAUGAGGGCGGACAUGAGAUUCCGAGAACGGCCGCUGUAAGUAACUCUCUCGCGGGGCUCUUCAAAUGGGCUACCGAACAGGCUGGUGCCCGAUGA